AUGCCUUUCACAUCCUCUUCCCUCCUUCCCCCUCCCUCUCAUCUGCAUCUGAAUCCGCCUCUCUGCUCUGCUUUCCACACCUUCCUCUGUUCGUCCCCCCCAUUCCCUGCCCAGUAUAACUCCUUCUUUCCCCUAGCCCACCUCACUCCCCCUGACCCACCACCCAUGCUCACCUGCUUGCCUCUGCAUCCUCCUCCCUGCCUUCCGCACUUUCUUCAAUUCAUCCCCCAAUCUUUUCCCCUAACCCCACCUCAUCGCAACCCCCCUCUCCCACCACUAAUGCUCACCUGCCUGUCUCUGCAUUUGCCUCCCUCUGCCUUCCGCACUUUCUUCGACUCAUCCCCCUCCUAUUCACUCACCGCUUCCCCAUCCUCUCCCCCUCCCACUGACAAGCAUGCCGCUGCCUUUCAAAUGGUCACACCCUGCCCCUCCCCCCCACCACCCAUGCGUACCUGCUUGUCUCUGCAUUUGCCUCUCUGCCUUACUCUCUUUCUUCAAUUCGUCCCCCUCAUAUGCACUCACUCAGCAGCUUCCAACCGUCCCCAUCUAUUCCCCCUCCCUGCUCUAAUUUCUCAACCACAACACCGAUCACCUGCCUGUCUCUGCAUCUGCCUCUCCCUCUGCCUUCCCCACUUUCUUCGACUCAUCCCCCCUCCUAUUCACUGUUUCGCUGCUCUCCCCCCUCUCCCGCGCGCUCCCCAUAUCCCCAUCUGCUACUGUAAACCCCGUGCCCUCCACGUCACGGCUGCUGCCACGUGGUCCCUGUCCACGUCCUCGUCCGGGCUGCUGACGUGGCAGAUUCGCUUGUCACUCUCACAGCGCCCGCGCACUCCCGCUCCUCUCGUCGCUUUCGUCGCCGCGAUUCCCGCUGUCUCACUUCUCGCCGCACUGCCAGCGUCUGCGGCGGCGGCGGCGCUUGCGGAGGAAUCAGCCGCUACCGACAAAGUGCGAUCCGCCGUCGGGAGCUUAAUUACUGCCGCGGAGGAUCUUGAACGCGCCGCCGCGUCGGCAGCCGCCUCCGCUGCGGACGCCGCCGGAGUAGAUAAAGCGCGUUCCGCGGUGGGGAGUCUAGUUUCCGCCGCGGAGGAUUUGAAACGCGCGGCGGCUUCCGCGUACCGCGAUAUUGCUGGCGCUGGCGGCGCGGGAUCCGCGGGGGCGGACGGCGUGGGGGGGGAUACCGAGCAGUUUGGUUCCGCCGUGGGGGAUAUAGUUUCCGCCACAGGGGAUCUGGAACGCGCAGCUGUAGGCAUUUUUGGAAAGGCUGUGUCAGCAGAAGAGAGCGUGUCGGAGCAGGUCGGCAAGCUGCUUGGGUCGGGUGUGGAAGCGACGCAGAAACUUCUGGAAUCCGGCGGGGAAGCACUGCAGGCGGACACGGCAGGGGUGGCGAGGAUGAUUGGCGACGCCGCUGGCGCAGGCAUGGAGGCAUUUGAAAGACUGCUGGGGGAGGGGGCUCCUACGUUGGAUGGCGUGUGGUCGCUCUCCCUCCCAACAAACGGAACCAUUUUCAACACUGACUCUGGGUCGGUUCCUGGAUCCGGCUUGAACUCGGGGUCGGUUCCUGGGUCAGGCCUGGUCCCUGCGCCAGUGACACUGCUCCCAACGCCCUUCCCAGCGCACCAUUUCCAUCGAGCUGUGGAGCUCGCCCCUCUCUUCAACGCCCUGGUUGAUGCCGUCAGUCAGGACGCGGAUUUCUUACAGUCCACACUCGCGAGUGCAGGGCGGUCUGACUCCUUCACAGCCGGUCUGCUCCAAAUACACGCGGAGAUACUCAAGCAGGGAAUUCAGCAGCCCAUACGGCUGGGCAUGCACAGGUCCGACUACAUGCUGGACACAGUCACAGGGGGCGUGCUGCAGGUGGAGCUCAACACCAUCUCCUCCUCCUUCCCUGGCCUCACCUCAAGGGUUACUGACUUGCACAGGCACAUGGUGGGGAUGUAUGGCGAGAAGGCGGGUCUGUCGGUGGACUCUGUGCCUCUCAACACGGCAGCAACGGACAUGGCAGAUGCACUGGCAGCAGCGUGGAGGGAAGACGGGGAUGAGAGCUCUCAAAUUCUGAUGGUGGUGCAGAAGCCAGAGCGCAACAUGUAUGACCAGCACUGCUUGUCGCAGCUCGUGUGGCAGAGGCAUGGGAUUCGGGUGCUGAGGAGGAGCCUGAAGGAGGUGCAGCAGCAGGGGGCGAUUACAGAUGGUGGCCAAUUGACAAUCGACGGCCAUCACAUAUCAGUGGUAUAUUACCGUGCAGGCUACGACCCCGGUGACUACCCAACUGAUCUUGAGUGGGAGGCUCGCCUGCUCCUUGAGCGAUCAGCAGCAGUGAAAUGCCCCACCAUCGCAUACCACCUUGCAGGGGCGAAGAAGGUGCAGCAGCAGCUGGCACAGCCAGGCAUGCUGGAGAGAUGA